AUGGAUGACGACAGCGACGACCCGCGCGAGGACGAGCUCAGCUCUCUGCAGGCCAUCUUUCCCGAAAUCGAGCUCGACGACAACCGGCCUUUUUGCUUCACCAUCGAGCUACCCGUUCAUCCCGCGAAACCUGUGACAGUCACAUUCCCGGCCGUCUCCAACGCCGACGACACAGCCGCCGCCCAGGUUCCUGGCAUCGAACCCAGAGUAGACUCCCAUGAGCUCUCGCACCUUCCGGCCGUCGUGGUCCGCAUGGGCCUACCCAAGGGCUAUCCCUCCGAAAACCCCCCGAGCGUCAGCAUCAGCACAUCGCCGCCGUGGCUGUCCGAAGACGUGAUCAAGAAAUUGGAGGACGACGGGCCGAGAUUGUGGGAGGAGAUGGGUCGCGACAUGAUUGCCUUCACCUACAUAGACCAGAUCCAGCAAGCGGCCGACGAUGUGUUCGGCAUGGUUGACGGAGCUGGCGCAUUGGAGAUUGACCCCUUACACAAGAUUGCCAUAUUGGACUACGACAUUGAGGCUUCUCGGGCGGCAUUCGAAAAGGAGACUUUUGAUUGUGGUGUUUGUCUGGAUCCCAAAAAGGGCUCAAUGUGCCACAAGAUGCUCGAUUGCGGGCAUAUUUUCUGUACUCAGUGCUUGCAGGAAUUCUACAGUAAUGCUAUCACGGAGGGAGACCUGGCGACCGUCCGCUGUCUCGCUCCGAACUGUUCCAAAGAGCGCGCCGAAGCGACACAAGGCUCGGGUAAGGGUCGGAAGAGAAAGGUCAAAACCUCAAUCAGUCCCAGUGAACUGCUCCAGAUGGGGCUGUCCCAAGACACGGUGACUCGCUACGUGACCCUCAAGUACAAGAACGAGCUCGAAUCAGACAAGGACACAAUCUACUGCCCCCGGUCUUGGUGCCAGGGCGCUGCCAGGUCCAAGAAACACAGGAAACCCGAAGGGCUUGAAGUGGUCAACGAGAGCUCGGACGAGGACACGGACGAGGAGGCUGAUGCCGGCGGGCAAGACGGCGCGAACGGGAAGAAGGCAAAGAAGAGCUUCGAGACUGGGGAUCUCCUAGCCAUCUGCGAAGACUGUGGCUUCGCCUUCUGCAGCCGCUGCUACCAGUCUUGGCAUGGCGAGUUCUUCAGAUGCCUGCCCAAGCGAGACAAGGGCGAACUCUCCGAGGAGGAGCAGGCCUCGAUCGACUACAUCAACCUGCACACGACACCUUGCCCUACGUGUGGUGUGCCGGCGCAGAAGACUCACGGCUGCAACCACAUGAUUUGUUUCCGCUGCGCCUCCCACUUUUGCUAUCUGUGUUCGGCCUGGCUCGACCCGAGGAACCCGUACGGCCAUUUCAAUGAACAGCCCAACGGCAAGUUCACGUCCUGCUAUAUGCGGUUGUGGGAGCUCGAAGGCGGCGAUGGCGAUAACGUCGACAUUGGCUUCGCCGGCGGGCUUCAGCGAGCGCAAGACGCGCAAGACGCGGCUGCCGAGCCGGCUGAGCUUAUCGAUCUCGUCCCCGAAAUCGAAGAGCCGGACGACAGCGACUCGGAUACAGAGGUGGACGACGCGGCGCGGCCAGCGCGCCCUCUGGCAGGCGAGGUCGCGCGAGAGGGACCGCUCGUUUUACGUAUAGGGGCUGACCCGGCGCCGAGGGGAGGUCGAGGCGGAGCAGGAGUAGGAGCGCUCCACGGUCCCGUUCCACCGGCCGCGCCGCAGGCACCACCAGCACCCGCACGGAGAGGAGGGUUUCCAGCAGCGAGAGGUGGACGUGGUGGGCGUGGCGGGCGUGGCAACAAUGGAGGCGGGGACGCUCGAGGAAGAGGAGGAGGAGGUCGGCAGAACCAGCAACAUAGACUUCAGGCACAACGGGUACCCGUCGGUAGGCAUGAUGAGUUUGACGCCGAUGUCCUUGAGGGUCUGGGUGAUGGAGAGCUCGACGAGGCGCAACAGGCCUGGAUCAGAAACUUUGUUCAAAUGGCGUUGGCGGACCAAGAAGAGGACAGCGAUGAUGAAUGA